CUCCUUUUUGUUGAUCCAGAAACACACCGGCAAAGAAACUAGUGAAAUUUCCUGGUGCAAAUAUUUGAAGAGAAAAACACUCAGCCAGAAACAACGUUGUUUGUCUGUUGUUCAAAAUCAAAGACCCAUUAAGAAAAAAAAAAAAAAACCUGGAAAAGAAGUAUACUUAAUCGCUACUUGCCAAAAUUAUCCAUCCAGAGAUUCAAAUUUAAAAAACAAAAAGAAAAGAAGAAAUUGAAACAGGGGGCCGGGGAAGGAAGAGAUGGAGUUGGAAUCGAACAAGGGAAGCAGAAGGAUGGGGGAUGGAGGAGGAGGAGGAGGGAUGACCAAAUCGAUGAAGAAAGCCCUUCUAAUAGUCAACUGCAUUCUCCUCUCCCUGGGAAGCGCAUGCGGCCCACUGGUCCUCCGCCUAUACUUCCUCAAAGGCGGUAAGGGGGUAUGGAUCUCUGCGGCCCUGGAAACUGCAGGUUGGCCUUUCAUCCUCUUGGCGCUCCUCGUGUCCUACCUUUACCGCCGUAGUAGAAAUGGGCCCCAAGCCACUAAGCUCUCCUUCAUUACCUGGCGCCUGUUUCUGGCAUCGGCGGUGCUUGGAGUCCUAACAGGCCUCGAUGACUACCUCUACGCAUCCGGGGUUUCCUACAUCCCCGUCUCCACCUCUGCCCUAAUCAUCGCCUCCCAGCUGGCCUUCACCGCCGUUUUCGCCUUCUUGCUGGUGAGGCAGAAGUUCACCGCCUUCUCCGUCAACUCAAUAUUCUUGUUGUGCUUGGGAGCCGGGGUGCUCGCAACGCACGCCGGCUCUGACAAGCCGCCCGAUGUGACCAAGGAGAAAUACUUUUUGGGAUUCUUCAUGACCGUGGGCGCCGCGGUGCUGUACGGAUUCGUCCUCCCUGCCAUUGAGUUCACUUACAUGAAGGCCACCCAGUAUGUCUCUUACACGCUAGUUAUGGAGAUGCAAAUGGUCAUGUUCUUCUUCGCUACGCUCUUCAACGUCGUUGGCAUGAUCGUCCACAAUGAGAUCCAAACAAUGCCAAAAGAAGCCAGAGAAUUCGAGUUUGGAAAAGUGGGGUAUUGCUUAGUGUUGAUAGCAACGGCGUUGAUAUGGCAGUGCUUCUUCGUGGGAGCUGUCGGGGUUGCGUCAAUUGGUUCUUCUUUGCUCUCUGGAGUACUCAUCGCCACCUUCUUGCCGGUCACUGAGGUUUUGGCUGUCUUCAUCUAUCACGAGCCAUUUGGUUCUGAGAAAGCUAUUGCUCUCAUCCUCUCAAUUUGGGGUUUCGUCUCUUAUUUCUAUGGCGAGUACAAGCAGACCAAAAAGUCAACACCUACCUUGGGAUGACCCAUCAUCUAAUCUUUGUAAAACUUCAAUACAUUAAUUUGUACCAUUAGACCUAACUUAUAGCUAGUAGCUAGGCACCUUCUCCUCUAAUAUGCUCUCUCUCUCUAGGAAAUAAAGGUUAUGCGUUGUCAAUUCGCCUUGAGGUGAACUUUUUGAGUUGAUUUAUGCGUCUUGGGAAAUUUUGAAUCACUUCCCCUUUUUCUUUUUUCUCCUGAUACAGAAGCCACAAAAAUUUCUCUAGCCUGCUCAAAGGCAAUCAUUUGUCAGCCCAAUCAAACUUUGAAAGUCUGGAUAAAAUGUCUUCAUACUUUUGAAGGAAAUCAAAUGAAACCUUGAGUUGUUUAUAUUGCUUCUAGGAAGACAUGGCGGUGGAACUAACUUCAAAAUUAUAUGUGUUUGAAAGUGGAAAGAUGAGAGCUAUUAGUCUACCAUCUUCUAAGAUCCCAAUUCAAUCUUUAAAAAUUAAUUGGGUGCGCCUAUGGUGCGUUGCAAGUCACCAUAACUUGCACAGUUCGGUCGACCUAUUCUUAACUGCGGUCGACCUAAUCCCCUAACUAAAGUGUUCACUCUAAUUUUGUACAAAUGACCAACAACAGAGAAUUGGUCGACCUGAAAUAUUAUUAAUGAGGUCGACCUUAAAGACGUAAGUUGCCACUACUACAACCAAUUAGGUCGACCUUUGCUCUUCCUAGGUCGACCUAUCUAGCAGAAUAAUAUUAGUUUGCCAACAAAAAGAUGUGUAAUACUAUCACGAACAAUUGAUAGGUCGACCAGACACAUUGACCGGCCGACCUUUUAAGCACAACAUAGUCUUGCAAACAAAGCCAAAGUCGACAUUCUGGAUAAACAAGCAAAACAAACAGAAACGGUCGACCAUGAUAAGAAUUAGGUCGACCUAUUGGGUUUGAUCUUCCUUACCUCGCAAGUACAGAAGUCCGAGUGAUGUGGCCUAAAUUCAAUUUCUCGCAAUUGUCAAACAGAGGCCGACCUGAUUGAAAUAAGGGUCGAUCGAAUGGUCUUCUGCAUGCAACAAAACAUCAAAUUAAACGGUGCAAAUUACGAAUUAGAAAAGAUGACAGCGAUAGCUAAAAUAGGUAGACCUCACCUUUCACAUGGUCGCCCUCUUGAAAAACGUACAACAGCAACCACAAAUGAUCUUCUUCUUCACUAAAGCUCUAACCAUACAAAAAAAUCAAAUUCAGAGUUUCGGUGGCGGUGAAAGUGACAUAUAUUCGUAUUUAUAGAUAUUUAGGACGAGAUUGGGCUGAAGUAAGUGAUAGACAAGUUAGGGUUACCUUUCUGGUGUUGGAAUCCUUAUCCAAUACAGAUAUGGUGUGCACACGGUCGACCUCAUACUUGUCAGGUCGACCGUUUAUACUAUUCAUAAAUAAUCCCGACUUUGAUGUUGAUCAGUUAAUGAAACAGAGAUCGACCUUUUCACUUACGAGGUCGACCUUUUAAUAGCAAAAUAGUCGGUCUUUGAGAUAUUUGGGUCGACCUUUUAUAUUGUUCGCUUGCCAAAGAGGUCGACCAUUUGCUGUAAAAGGUCAACCGCGUCGUCGAGUCUCACAAAACCGAAACAACAGAUUAGGUCGACCGAAAAAUGCAAGUUUCGCUGACUUCAAAUCACUGUAACAAAGUCCUAAAAAUUACUGUAAUUUUUUUAUUUUCACCUUCUUACUCAAAAAUCUUAUUUCUACACCGUAAUAAGACUUCGUCAUUUAUCUAGAAAGCUGGUUCACAAUGCAUACAUUCAUUAUUUCCUAAUAAAUACUUAGAAAUAGAUAAUUGGAAAAUAAUCUUGUGGUUGAUGAUGAACAACUUCUUUUGAGAUUUUCAUUCAUGGCCAACUGUUUCAAUUUUCAGUUGUUUGUUACGUAAUAUCAAUUCAUAACACACAAAUGGACACAACUAAUAAUAUUUUCAUGAUUGUUGAGUGAAAAUAAAAUAAAUUUUCUUACUAUGAGUGUUUUGUUUUGAUCAUAAGUUGUUCCGGAAUAAAUUAAGUUAAGUUCGGUUUCUGUUUGCCAGCAUUUUUCUUUUUUGAAUUUGAUGUAGUAACUUUUAUUUUCUAAAGAAUUUUGUACAGAAAAAGUGAUUAAUUAAAUUUUAUAUAAUGAUAUCAAUAUUGAUAUGUUAUGGACAUAUUUUUUUAGUGUGAUAGGUUGACAUAUUCAUACAAAGCAUUUGAGUUUUGAUAUGUUCACAUGUGAAUACACUUGAUACAUGUUUUAAAUACUCUAGAUUCUAGACACUUGUUGCGAAUACUCUUAAGACGUUAUGUUAAUGAUCACACUGAAGACAUGUUGCGAUUUUCUUAAAUGUGUCUCGAAUGCACUUGCGAAUUGCCAUAUUGUCUAAAGAUAUGUGUUAUUCAUAAAAAUCUUCAAUUACAUGUCCAAAAUAUAUCAAGAUUUGUAUUGUUGGAUGCAGAAAAAUAAUAAAGGGUAGUUUCUUUACCAAUUUUCUUUAAAAAAAACCAAGUUCAACUAUUUUUUAUUUAGAUACCAAGCAAAAUGUUCAUUUAUAUUACGUAACUUUGAAUAUGUCACAUAUAUACUAAGUCGUUUGUUCCAUUAGUUGACUCCAUAUAAUAUGUAACUUUCAAAAAUUUCAUUUAGAUACCAUUUAGAUACCAAGCAAAAUGAAAUUUUCAUUUAUACGUAAGUUUCAAAAAAACAUAUAUUUAUAUUACGAAAACAAUUUAAUAGCCAUAUUAUCAAUUUUUCGUUUGGUUGAUUUUUAGUUGACUGCAAAAUGGCAACUUCCUUUACACGUCAGAAAAUUUAUUUGCAUAUUAAGCAUGCCUAGACUUUUGCACUUUUUGUGGCUUGAGAAGGUUCGUUUUGCUUUGUAUUUGGGUACUUAGCAACCUGAUUGAGAAAGAGCAAUUUCGCCCGUUAGCACUUGCAUAUGGGUCUAUGUUCAACUCAUUUUCCUCGAUCGUAAUGCAGUAAUGAAUGUAAGAAAAUUCACCAAAGUCCAAAACAAGUGUGUAGCGCUUAAGGCUGUUAAAGGAUGAAUACAGGGUCCCUGAAGUGCUCCACAACUCAAACUAUACGGACCAAAAUAAUAAGUUCCGAUCGGUUUGGCGAAAUAUAUUCCGGUUUGGUUCAGAUUUUUCACCAAACGCGAAAUUCUAGAGCUUUCCCUUUUAUAAUGCCUCUAUCGUCCUGUCCCCUCCCCUCCACUAAAACAACACUUCUUCUUCUUCACCUUUUCUCCCUUCUCUCUCUAGCCCCCAACAAAAAAACUUCUCCAUUGCUCCUCAUAUAUGAUCACUCCAUCUCCCUCUCCCUCAAAUAUAUACUUCUCUUUUUUUCCCGGUGGGUCGACGUUAGUUGUACAGGAAUUAAUGAAGGACAACGAGAUCUCGGUGUGUGGGGACGGGAGGUGGGUGGCGGCAGGAGGGGCGACGAUGCUCCAAUCCCACCGACGGGCGACGAUGAAGAGUUGAGAAAUUUGAUCUAGGUUUCGAUGCAUGUGGGAUUUUAUAUUUGGAUUUGGGUUUCUGGUUCCAGGGAGGAGAAGAUAGAGUAAAGAGAGGAAAGGGCAUUGAACUCUAGCGGCCGGCCAGUGAGACUAGAGAUGAGAAUUUCAGGAACGGAGGUGGAAGAUUGGUGGCUGCCAGAGUGGCGGCUAGGCAUUGGCUGUUGUGGGAGUUGGCAUAGGGAUAAGAGUGGGAGGCGAGUGUGAGCUAGAAGAUGUAUGGGCUUAUGAGGCUUAACCUGGUGGGGGGAUUAGGCUUCGGGGUAGUUCAUUGGGCUAUGGGGGGACUGGGCUAAGAAGUGUAUUGACUAGGAAACACAUUUCGAUAGGUCGGUUUGGAAUUCAGUAACUCGGUGCGGUCGAGAGGAUCCUAGUUUCCGAAUUAGGCCUAUUACACUUAUGAAUUUCGAGCCAAAUAAUGUCAUUUCAAUUUC